AUGUCGACCGCCGAGCUAGCAACCUCCUACGCCGCGCUCAUCCUGGCCGAUGAUGGCGUCGAGAUCACUGUAUGCGCACCCUUACAGCAUGACCCCAACCCCCGUCCUUUGCGUACUAAUAUUAAGCAGGCCGACAAACUCACCUCCCUCAUCACGGCCGCCAAAGUCCCCGACGUCGAGCCAAUCUGGUGCUCCCUCUUCGCCAAAGCCCUCGAGGGCAAGGACGUCAAGGACCUGCUCUUGAACGUCGGCUCCGGAGGCGGUGCCGCUGCUGCGCCAGCUGCGGGCGGUGCUGCGGCUGCUGGUGGUGCGGCGGCGGAGGAGGCGCCCAAGGCGGAGGAGAAGGAGGAAGAGAAGGAGGAGUCGGACGAGGACAUGGGCUUCGGUCUCUUCGACUAA